AUGGUGCGUUUAGUGACUAUUGUAGUACUUCUGGCCGUGGUCGCUUGUGUCAUUGCGGCACCAGGAGGUAAGCGCAAACAUAGACCAAGAAACAGAGUAUCUGCUACAAAAGGCAGUUUAGCGUUAGGUAACUUAUCCGGAGGUAGCUUUGGACCUGGCUCUUUCAGCAUCGGUCACGGUGGUACAAGCAAAGGCAAGGGAGAUGGUGGUCACGGUGGUAAUCAUGGUACCAAGUCGUAUGGAGGAGCAGGCGGAGACGAGGGCCACAACAGUUACACCUGA